AUGGCCAGCGAGAGAGCGGGCGAGUGAGAGAGUGAGCGCAUCUCCGCUCCGAGUCAUCACCAAAGACACUUAAAGUCUACAACCUGGCGUCAACACGAGAGCAUGUGCGGCUGAGCUGAGCACGGACCAACUCUGAAGAGUCCCACAGACCGACCGACCGACGGAAGGAAGGAAGGGAGAGGAGCCACACAGAGACACAGAGUCCGCUGCCUCGCGGAGACAUACCAGUUUUGCUCUCUCCGUUCUCCAGUCAUGCUACGUGGGGUCCUCCUGCUCCUGUGGAUCUUCUCACAUGGAGCGGACGGCAUGUUUUCCCAGCAGCCACAAGACCUGGUGGUGGUGGCGGGUCAGCCUGUGACCUUACCCUGCACCCUGCCUAACUACCAUGGAGUUAUCCUUUGGAUUAAAGACGGUCUGGCACUGGGGGUUGGCAGGGACCUCACUGGCUACCCUCGUUACACAGUCAUUGGUGACCACCGUUCAGGAGAGCAUCAUUUGCGAAUCGAGCAUGUCGAGCUGAUGGAUGACGCGGAGUUUGAGUGCCAGGCCAUCGAGGCUGGAAAGAGAUCAAACUCUGCUCGUCUCACUGUUCUGGUUCCCCCUGAAGACCCAGUCAUCAGCGGAGGGCCGGUGGUGAGCCUGAGAGCUGGAGACCCUCUCAACCUGACCUGCCACGCCGACAAUGCCAAGCCCGCCGCAUCGAUUAUAUGGAUCCGGAAUGGACAGGUCCUUAACGGGGCCAUGUACUCCAAGGUAAGCUUCCAGACCUUACUCAGGGACGGAAUGAGAGAAAGCACCGUGAGCACACUCUUUCUCUCGCCUUCCAACAUUGAGACUGGUCAACAGAUCAUCUGCAAGGCAUCAAACAAGGCAGUGCCCAAUGGAAAAGAGACCAGCGUCACCAUUGACAUCCAGCAUCUGCCACUUGUCAAUCUGUCCGUGGAACCACAACCAGUCCUGGAGGGAAACCUUGUCAGAUUCCACUGUUCGGCCAAAGCCAACCCUCCUGUCACCAUGUUCCGAUGGGCCAAAGGAGGCAGUAUAAUAAAGGAGGUGUCGGGCGACACCUAUGAGGUCAUCGUGGACCACUCCUUCUUCACGGAGCCUGUGUCCUGCGAGGUCACCAACCAGCUGGGCAGCACCAACGUCAGCCAGAACGUCGAUGUCUACUUCGGUCCUCGAAUGGCGGCGGAGCCUCAGUCUCUUCAGGUGGACCUCGGAUCAGAUGCUGUUUUUAACUGUGCCUGGACAGGGAAUCCCUCUCUUACAAUCGUGUGGAUGAAAAGAGGCUCUGGAGUGGUUCUCAGCAACGAAAACCUCCUCACACUGAAGUCAGUGAGACAAGAGGAUGCAGGGAAAUACGUUUGCCGCGCUGUGGUGCCACGAGUCGGAGCAGGAGAGAAGGAGGUGUCGCUGACCGUCAACGGGCCACCCACCAUCUCCAGCACACAGACGCAGCAAGCUCUGCACGGAGAGAAAGGACAAAUCAAAUGUUUUAUUCGCAGUACACCACCUCCAGAUCGCAUUGCCUGGUCGUGGAAAGAGACGGUGCUUGAAUCGGGAACGUCCGGCCGCUACACCGUGGAGACGGUCACCACAGAGGAAGGAGUCAUCUCCACACUAACCAUGAGUAACAUUGUCCCAGCCGACUUCCAGACCAUCUACAACUGCACUGCCUGGAACAGUUUCGGCUCGGACACUGAGAUCAUUCGCCUGAAGGAACAAGGUGGGAGCCAAGAAACGCUCCCUGUGGCAGUGAUCAUUGGCAUCGCUGUGGGAGCCUUUGUGGCCUUCAUUGUCCUCAUGGGCACCAUCGGAGCGUUCUGUUGCACCCGCUCACAGAGAAAGGAAGCGCACCUGGUUAUGCCCUCACUGCCCGUCUCCAUCUGUGCUCACCAGAGAGAACUUGCCAGCAAAAUUAAAACAGAAAAUCUCAAAGGCGUGGUGUCGGCAAAGAACGACAUCCGCGUGGAGAUCGUCCACAAAGACCACAACGCAGCAAGAGAGAACGAAGAGCACACCUCCAUGAAGCAACUGAUGGUGAGUCAGGUUGAACGGGGAGAGUUCCAACAGGAGUCUGUUCUCAAGCAGCUGGAGGUUUUGCAAGAGGAGGAGAAAGAAUACCAGCACAUUAAGGACCCAACUAAUGGCUACUACAGUGUAAACACCUUCCAGGAGCACCACACCCCCACCAUCGCGGGUACUCAGAGCACGGAGGCCAGGAACCCCACAAACACUGGCACCCUGGGAAAACAGCGGGUCCCCACAGGCAUGUCCUUCACCAACAUCUACUCCACCCUGGGAGCGGGUCCCAACCGCCUGUAUGACUACAGCCAGCGCUUUGUGCUGGGCAUGGGCAGCAGCUCCAUCGAGCUGUGCGAGCGCGAGUUCCAGCGCGGCUCGUUGAGCGACUCCAGCUCCUUCAUCGACACGCAGUGUGACAGCAGCGUCAGCAGCUACAGCAAGCCAGACGGCUACGUGCAGUUUGACAAAGACAGCAAGGCGUCCGCUUCGUCUUCGUCCCACUACUCUCAGUCCUCCUCGCAGAACUCGGACCUCACCCGGCCCCUUCAGAAGCGCAUGCAGACCCACGUCUGACAAGGUGCCGCGCGUUGAGGCCCAGGGUUGUUGAACUGUGAAGGACGCACCUGCCUGGAUCUCUGGAAGCGGCCGCACCACAUGACUUCAGACUCGUCCCAAACGUGGAUGGAGAAGCCUUACUUCCUCCACGCCUGCUCAUCGAUCGCACCGUCGCGGCCGGCCAGCUCACUGCCAUGGGAUUAUUUGGACUUGGACGUGCAGGCUGGACGCGAUCGUCAGCCCCCGUGGUGAAGCCAGAUCUGAGCCUCGGAGGUUAUUGGCCGACGGAGUCAAACGGCACUAAAGGCAAACUCAUCAGUGCUCAACAAAAGGCUGUUCUCUUGGAGCGCAGGAAUCGAAUGUGCACAUUUGUCUCAGCUGAAAUCUACUUUUUUUUUCUUUUUUAUUUACAACGUUGACCUUGGUUUGGUGAAACUUCUCUGCUGUGUAGAAACUAAAGACUAACUUCUCCAUGUGCCCACAGACAUUUGGGGCGUUUAGAGGAACUGCUGUCAGUGCCCCACCCGCCCCCCUCCCCCGGCUCUCUGCGCUACAGAGCCGAGCAGAUGAAGAAGGGCUGAGAUCUCAUUUGAAAUCCCAAGUCAUUAUUUUUACUCUGACACUGGGCGAUGAAACAACAGCAGUGUACAUAUGUGAGUGUCAUUUGUUUUCGAACGUCUGACUCUGGUUUCACACGCGGCUGAAUCUUGAUGAGAUACGACAUGAGCACUUCGUAUUGUCCACAAACCCGAUCAACUUCUGCCUCCAGGGUUCCUUCACACACUGUCAAUAACAACAUUGACUAAGCCAAGGUAGACGCACGCCAUCAGCUCUUUAGCGGGCGGCUUCCUCCCUGGUGUUUCGCAGCUCCGAGGCAUGCGGCGGGGAAAAGUCCAUAAACAGCGUCGGCACUGGCUGACGCCACAGAACAUCAGCCAUAUACUGAGGAUCAAAUGUAAACUUCAUAUUCUGAUGGCGCUCUUUAGCGCGUGAUAACGUUGCGACAGAUGGCGCCGAGGCUUUGUGCAUCUGGACUGUUUACCUUCCUGUCAUCCUGUUGGUCAUGACGGGAGGUGAGAGGCAAAGAAAAAAGUUGCUCUGCAGAUUUGUUUAUCUUUUGCUACUGUGGAGCCGCUUGGUAGAACGCCAAGUUAUUUAAGUGCAUCUUUGGAUUUUGCUCAGUUUUGCACUGUACGUACAUGCUGUAUAUGAUGUUUGGUUUAUUAUUUAACCACUUCCUGCAUAUAUGUUUGGAUAGUAGAGAGAGAGAGAGAGAGUGACUUGCGUCUUAGAUCGCAGGACGUGUCAUUGGCCGCACCACUGAACUUCAGUGAAAUCUAUCAGUUGCCACUUUAUGUUCUGCUGAGACGGUGACCAAGUAUUUGUCAUCAAAUAUUCCUUUGUUUCACCUACAUUGACUUGUAUUUGCUGUCAAAGGUGAAGAGGCUGAUUUGCAGGCAGUACUAAAACAUCCAAACAAAUAUUUUCACGCAAGCUAUUUCGGGGUACUUUAGCGAUUUGGGACAUUUUGAUGUAUGAAACUUUUGCAUAAAGAAGUUUCAGUUGAGCACAUUCCGACGGUUCCUGCACACGACUUUACUUGCUCAACUGUGAAGACCUUUGCGCGGGGUGGUUGUUGCGGAUGGGCACAUGAGGCCUCAUGAAACAGUGUCCUCAUUUUUCACCAGGUGGCGCUCUCUGCGCAUGUUGAACAUGUUUUGAACAAUCACUUUAAUGGGUCCUCACAUCAUUCCUAAACCAAGAGCGCCACCUGCUGAGCUCUGAUAAUAAAGACACUGCUUCAUGAAGCCUCAGCAGCCCAUCACUAUUGGUAGUGCCAAAUCCUGUUUCGUCCACUUGUGUCUCUUGAAACUCGUCAUGUUGCAAACCGUGCAACACAGAUUCAGUCUUUGUGAGUCACCUGCAAUUUACGGUCCAGUCCAAACCUCUUUGUAGAACAUGCAAUUUAGUACAAGCAAGUCAGCCGCUAAAUGUGUUACCUCAGCCUCAGUAGCGUUCCUCCCACUGUUUUUGCCUCCAGAUGAUUUGUUCUGAGUUAUGAUUGAAGUCAUGUGACGUCUUGGUCGUACAAUCAGGAACCACAUUGAUGGAGCAAAUCCAACAAGUACGUUUGAGAAUACAACAAUCGGUGUAUGGUCAGAGGACGGAUUUGUUGAAAAUUGGGCUGGAAUACAUCAGUGAUGGGCUGAUGGGGCUUCAUGAAACAGUGUCCUUAUUUUUAGAGCUCAGCAGGUGGCGCUGUUGGCUUAAAAAUGAGGUGAGUUUUCAUUGAAAUGGCUGUUCAAAUCCCAAAAUCUUUGAGCAGAGUGCGCCAUCUAGUGGAGUCUGAGAAUGAGGACACUGUUUCAUGAAGCCUUACUGGCCUAUCACUAGAAUUAGCGUCAGUUCUCCAUUGACUCCAUUGCCAAACGUGUGAUUCACGUGUUGAAAAACACAUUUUAAUGUGCCAUGACAAGUCAGAAACCUUUGCGUUCCAAUUGCACUGCAGUAUAUAAAGGAGAGGAGAGUGUCCCUAUCAAACGCAAGCAAGUCCAGACGCAGCAUUUCAAACGGAAGUUGUUUUCCUAAGCACUUUACAUGUGAUUAGAGCUGACACAAUUGAACAGAGCUUUCCACUGGAGUGUCAGUGGUGCAGUCUCUAAUUUAACAAAUGGAUUGGUGCCCAUUGUACAGCUUAAGAGACAGCUCUGUUUCAACACUGAUAAUCCAGCUUGGCACUUAGCAGACUGUAAAUAAAUCUCUGUUGCGUCUUCCCCCCUGUAAUAUGAUUUUUCCAGGAUUUUCUUUCUUCUCAGUCAGAUUUAUUUUUUUGUGAUUGAGACCAAUGAAUUCCCACGCACCACAACUGUACAGACAAUCGCUCUACUUGGCUCCACAAAGGAACAUCCAUAAUUCAUCUGACAAAGCCUAUUAUGAUCAGAGUUUUCGCCUCGCCAAUGUUCCACCAAGAUUUAAGGCGAAUCAUUUUGAGCCGUGCGCAUACGGAAUUCCUGUAUGACGAGCGUCAAUCUUGCGCCUCACCUCAAAAGGGUGAAUUUAUUUUCAUCCUGCACAACCAAUGAUUCUUUUUUUCAUCAUCUUCCUCCUUCAUGUUUGGUUUUUAAAUAAUGAGUGAAUACUGGUGUGGCUGAGAUGUGUAUUACUGGCGCUGGAAAUGGCCUCCUUUGCACCAUAAGUGACUCGCUGGACGCCUCAGUGGUUCACAUUUGGUCAUUUUGAUUCUUUACUCUAUUGAAUUUUCUCUUUUUUAUUGGAAAGUUGUCAUUUUUUAGGUACUAAUCACAUUACAUUUACUUUUUGUUCUUAUAUUUGACAACAAAAACAUUUUUCUACUUUCACUGCAAUGGUUGCUUGAUAUCCUUAAAAAAAAAAAAAGAAACAUUGCUCAAAAUCCAUUGAGAUUAUGUGUUGUUUGCUUUAUCUUUUCAACAUGUUUUGGGCUUAAAUGUAGACUAAAUUGCUCAGUAAACGUCGCCACAAUUGAAACAGUCACUCCAGUCAUGUUGACUGGAGUUUAAAAUUAAAGAUCUGGCAUCACAAGAUCGUGUCCCAUUUUGAAAAUGCAAAAAUAAGCAUUUGUCUGGAAAAAACAAAUAAAUAGCCAAAAGACCCAGAUUCGCUCCUCCAGUUCCUCCCCCGCAGUGAUCCAAAUAUAAUUCAUCUUCUCAGUCCAGAGAAUCUGCUUCCCGCAUGGGAGAGAGAUAAAUAUUUGAUAGGCCAACCUUCUGUCCCACAAUGGCAGCCGCCACUGUGGGCUCCGCUGAACCCAGCAAUGUGAGUGCCAUGUACAACGUUGGGAAUCAAAGUGCCACGUGGGGUCAAACUGCGCCCUGCUCACCUGUCCACCACUCUCUGGCAGUGGUUGUUUACCUGGACGCAAGCGCCACUCCGCUGCCAGGGCACGGCAGAUGAAUAAACAGUGUUGCUGUCUGUUCCCAACGAAAAAAAAAAAAAAGAGCGACUGUGGAUGCAGUUCCAUGUAUUAUUGAGAGACUCUAAAGACUCAUCCACUGAAGGGCAGACCUCUGUUUUUCUCCCGAGAUUCUUUGUUUGUCCAUGCCGUACUGCUCAUGCAAGAAGCCAUGUCGCGAUGCCAUGCAAGCUGGAUGUGAAGGUGUCAUGUCUCUCUCCGUUCAUGUCUGUGCCGUCUAUGUUUUGAUAACAUGCCAUGGCAGACGGGGACGCGAGCCAUGGCCACCAAGGCUGAGUCAGAGAUUCUUACAUGUGUGCUUCCACACAAAAGACUCGGCUCUUCUCUCUCUGUACGCUCUGUUGUCUUAAUUCCAAACGUUGCGGUCGGUGAGAACUAUUUACUGUGAUCGAGAUGGACGUUUUAAAACUUUGUACAAAAUCAUGCACAUCAUUGUAAUAAAAAGCCAUCAUGUAAAAUCUUCCAGACGAACAGCAACACACCGACUUGGGAGGGAACAGGUUGUAAUUUAACUGUGCUGGUUUGUGAAUCGACCAUGAUUUUACUCUGUAUAUUUGGAGAAUAAAAACAUUGUUUGACUUUGACAUGUGAGGGUAUGUUGUCCAACGUGCCAUGCCUUUUCAGUUUUAUUGAAGAAUUGAAUACAAACAAUGACACAAUUCAUAUUAUUAUUAUGAUGAUUAUUAUUAGGGGAUAAAGUGUUCAGUUUUGAAAGGACAUUUUUGUAGAAUGUUGU